AUGUCUCACGCGACAGCGACAGCGACAGCGGACGAGUCGGUGGAAUUUGGCCGUCUCCUCACGGGCGUGCUACUGACCUGCCACGAGAGCAAUGUCUAUCCAAGCGCGACGGUUGUUGACUCUGCCUCUGCUCUUUCCUCCGCCCAGCACCAGUCUCCCACUCUCGCCCGACUCUCCACUAUGCGCGGCCUCCGGGGCCUCCUCGCCGUCUCCGGCCGCCGCGCGGCGGCGAGCGGCGCCUCCUCGUCUCCCCACAGCGUCCUCUUCGCCCGUGCCCUCCAGAUCCUCUCCCAGCCGGAGCCCGUCCGCCUCCACAAGCUCUCGGCGCCCGACUCCGGGAUCGUGGAGCUGAGGCUGGAGCGGCCGGAGGCCAGGAACGCCAUCGGGAAGGAGAUGCUCAAGGGGCUGCGGAGCGCCAUGGACAAGGUGGGGGCCGACCCGACGGCCAACGUCGUGUUGGUCGCGAGCUCCGUGCCCAAGGUUUUCUGCGCGGGCGCUGACCUCAAGGAAAGGAGGUUAAUGGGCCCUUCUGAAGUCCGGGAAUUUGUUAAUACCUUGAGAGCUACAUUCUCAUCCUUUGAGGCACUCCCUAUUCCUACAAUAGCUGUUGUUGAAGGAGCUGCUUUUGGCGGUGGGCUAGAGUUGGCUCUUUCAUGUGAUCUUCGUAUAUGUGGGGAGAGUGCAACAUUCAGCUUGCCAGAAACCGGCCUUGCUAUUAUUCCUGGAGCUGGAGGGACACAGCGUCUUCCAAGGAUUGUUGGAAGGGCCAGAGCAAAGGAAUUGAUAUUCACUGGCCGUAGAUUUGAUGCGACAGAAGCUGUAAAUAUGGGGGUAGUGAACUACUGUGUUCCUGGUGGUGAGGCUUAUCAAAAGGCUCUUGAACUUGCCCGGGAGAUAAAUCAGAAAGGUCCGUUAGCGAUAAGGAUGGCCAAGAAGGCCAUCAACGAAGGGAUGGAGGUAGACCUGUCCUCUGCGUUGGCUGUCGAAGAAGAGUGCUACGAGCAAGUUCUGCACACUCGGGAUCGCCUUGAAGGUCUAGCUGCAUUUGCAGAGAAAAGAAGACCUUUGUACACAGGAAAGUGAGGCCGUACUGAAGUCAGCCCUGUUAGCCUCUUAUGUCUUAUCUGCUGAUACCCUGAAGAAUGUGUCCUUGUUCCAAAAAAAAAAAACCCUGAAGAAUGUGUCUGGGAUGCUAGAUUAUUUGCAGAUGGAUGUGCUACAUCUUCUGAUUGUCAUGAUCGCCUAAAACUGAAAUGAACCGCACCCAUGUAACUGUAAGGUAGGAAAGCUAGCAUGUGGAGAUGCUGCGGUUUGGUUUCGUCAUUGCAUUUUUCUUGGAUAAUCCAGGCUUGGGUAGAAGAUGGACUGGACUGGACUGGAGUCGCUGAUUGUACCUUUUCUUUUCUACUCUCUCCGUUCCUAAAUAUAAGUUUUUCUAGAGAUUUCAAUA